GUGAAGACCACCAGCAAAAUGAAAUUGUUUCUAAGCUGAGCGCUGUGGGCUGAUCGAGCUCCUUUACCAAGCGAGUGAACGAGGGCAUAUAAAUUCGCCCCCCAUCCGACAUCUUUUCUAUCUGAUAUUCUGAUUUGAUCCACUGUCGCCCAUCAUAGUAAACCUCGCCAACUUAUUCAUUCUGUCUCUUUUCCCAGUACUCAAGCUCUCACCUAAGAUGGCUUUGAACAUAACUUCUCGGAAUGUUGUGAAGAGGGUGCUAGCUGUUGAGACACCUGAGGGCGCCGGAGCACGCGUGCGACGGUCGAUCGGAAGCGCGAGCUUGCGCAAUUUGACACCUUUCUUGUUGCUAGAUCACUUCCAUGUCUCUGAAGGUGCUGGCUUCCCCGAUCAUCCCCAUCGUGGUCAGGCAACCGUAACGUAUAUGCUGGAAGGAUCAAGUCGCCAUGAGGAUUCCGCAGGCCAUGCUGGGACCAUUGAGACGGGCGGUGUCCAAUGGAUGUGUGCCGGAAAGGGAAUUAUCCACGCGGAGAUGCCCGUGCAUGGAAAGAACGUGCCUGAGCCUCGAGGAUUACAGCUUUGGGUGGACCUACCGAAGGACGUCAAGAUGACGGAACCGUCCUAUCAAGAACUAGGCCCUGAGUCAAUUCCGGUUGCGUAUCCUGAAGGCAAAGAUGGCAACAUCAGCAUCAAAGUCAUUAGUGGAAAGAGCCAUGGCGUUGAGUCACCCGUGCGACCACUUGGCGGGUGCUGGUACUUCCACGUGUCAAUGAAGAACGGCGCAACUAUGUUCCAGGACAUUCCUGCCGGUUGGACAGCGUUCAUCUACGUGUUGCAAGGUGCAGUGAGCGUUGGUGAAAGCGGUCCUGCCAAUGGCGCUUUCCACACCCUCGUUCUUUCUAACGAGGACGGUGAGACUGGUGUGCGAAUAACCGCUGCAACCGACGACACUCAGUUUGCAUUGAUCGCCGGGGAGCCUCUCGAUCAGACUGUUUUCCAGUAUGGUCCCUUCGUCAUGACGAACCAGGAGGAAAUUCAGAAGACACUGAUGGACUAUCGAACAGGUCGUAAUGGAUUUGAGAAAGCGCAUACAUGGAAGAGCAAGAUUGGGAACAUGUGAGAACUAUUGUACGCUUAAUGCUGUACCAAGAGCUUCUUGGGAAUGAAUAAUAUUUGGUCCGAUUGCGGCGUUAGCACUAUAUAGCUACCACUCUUCAUGAUAUUGAUUUAGUAUUUUUUCCGACCAUUUAAAUGCGGGUGAAGAAGGUUCGCGGAACUUUGAGAGUACGUGGGUAGACUCUACCAUAGACUACGUGUAGAAAAUUGUAGCAAAUCCAGGAGCAUUACCAAUUCUUUUCGUGGAAAGUGA